AUGUUGAGAUCCUUCUUCACUAUUUUCUUAGCUCUCUUUCUUCUCUUCCAAAUUUCAGUGCCCAAACCUUGGGCUUCAGGGAUAAAAUUUGUCAACAAUUGUUCCUACCCAGUCUGGCCCGGGAUUCAUUCUAGUCCACAAUACCCUGUCGUGGCCCGUGGGGGCUUUUUCCUCCCGCCUCACUCGCAACAUUGGAUUGAUUAUACCGGGCUCUGGUCAGGCCGUAUUUGGGGCCACUUAGGCUGCAAUUUUGAUGCCGCGGGCAGUGGCAAAUGUAUAACGGGAGACUGUGGCAGCGGCCUCCACUGCAACAGGCUUAGCGGUGUCCCGCCAACCACCAUUGUCAGCCUUUCUAUACAAAAUGAUAAACAAUUCUACAAUGUGAGUUUCGUGGAUGGCUACAACGUCCCCAUCACCAUAAAAUCAUUCAUAGGCCCAGAUGAUUCUACGUGUGGAAUUAUGGGCUGUACGAAAGACCUCAACACCGUGUGCCCCGCCGCCUUGCAGGUGCGCUCAGCGGACAAUAAGAGUGUGGUGGCGUGCAAGAGUCCAUGUGGAAACGCAAAAACGUGUGGGCCCAACAAAUAUUCUAGACUCUUCAAGAAAUAUUGUCCUAAAGCUUAUACCUAUACCUUUGAUAAAACCCCUUCUAGUUUUGUUCCUUGUGUCGAUGUUGAAUAUGUGGUCACUUUUUGUCCUUAA